CAGUCAGAUGAUGUGUGUGUGUGUGGGGGGAGGGGGUUAAUCAUUGAUUCAAAUGAUACAAAACCUGCUCUGUCACAGGCUAGAACACAUUAUCCUUGUCAUACAGAGAACAUUUUUAAACAGACCUCUGAGGAACUGAAUCCAAUCUGCUGAAGAAGUGACGGCACAAUGGACAAGCUCACUGUCUGGACAGGGCUGUGCCUCCUGCUGUGUCAUUUGGGAUGUACGUCUGAGCUGGUGUGUUAUUUCACCAACUGGUCCCAGUACAGACCAGAAGGAGGAAAGUACCUCCCAGGGAAUGUAGAUCCAUACUUAUGCACACAUUUGAUCUACGCCUUCGCCGUCAUCAAUGAUGCCAAUGAGCUGGUCACCUUUGAGUGGAACGAUGAGACUCUUUACCAGUCUUUCAAUGGACUAAAAACAAGAAAUCCCAAUUUGAAAACCCUUCUAGCCGUUGGUGGAUGGAACUUUGGCACAGCAAAGUUCUCCACUAUGGUCUCCACACCAGCCAACAGACAGAAAUUCAUCCAGUCAUCCAUCAGCUUCCUAAGGAAGCAUGGCUUUGAUGGACUGGACCUGGACUGGGAGUACCCUGGGGCCCGGGGAAGCCCGCCCGAGGACAAGCAAAGAUUCACUCUGCUGUGUAAAGAACUCCUAGAGGCCUAUGAGACUGAGGGAAGAGGAGCGGGGCGUUCACGACUGAUGCUAACAGCAGCAGUGGCAGCAGGAAAGGCCACAAUUGAUGCAGGCUAUGAGAUAGCUGAAAUCUCGAAGUACCUGGACUUCAUUAGCGUGAUGACUUAUGACUUCCAUGGAAAAUGGGAGAGUUUCACUGGCCAUAACAGUCCAUUGUUCAGGGGCUCAAAGGACACGGGUGAUCUUAUCUACUUCAAUACGAACUUCAGUAUGACAUACUGGAGAGACCAGGGUACCCCUGUGGAAAAGCUGAGGAUGGGAUUCGCCACUUAUGGCCGUACAUUCCGCCUGGCAUCCUCAGACACAGGGGUCGGAGCUCCAGCAAGCGGACCUGCCUCUGCUGGAACUUACACCCGAGAGCCUGGUUUCUGGUCUUACUAUGAGAUUUGCACUUUCCUCCAAGGAACCACCAUGCAGUGGAUUGAGGAUCAGAAAGUCCCUUAUGCUGCUAAAGGGACCGAGUGGGUGGGAUUUGACACCCGGGAGAGCUUUCAGACAAAGGCCCAGUACCUCAAGGAGAAAGGGUUUGGAGGAGCUUUCAUUUGGGCUUUGGACCUAGAUGACUUUUCUGGGCAGUUCUGUGGACAGGGAAAAUACCCCCUCAUCAGUCACCUGAAAAACCUUCUGAAUACCACUUUGCCCCCUCCCCCGCCAAACACUCCUGAGCCGGGGAAAUCGACAACAGCCAAACCCAUCACCGCAACCACCAAAAAAAACACCACGCCUGACAUAACUGAGAAGCCGGGCCAGGACUUCUGCGCACAUAAAGCCGAUGGGAUUUAUGCCAACCCAGAAAACAGAGGUACCUUCUACCAGUGCGCAGGUGGUAGGACCUUUCUCCAACCUUGUCCUCCUACCCUGGUUUACAAACAGUCCUGCAAGUGUUGCGACUGGCCAUAAAGUGGCCACCUUUCACACAACCAUUUAGGACCAACACCUACGCUGGCCAGAAGAAAUGUUCUACAUUAGUUAACCCAUAUCUGUUUGUGAAUCAACUAACCAGAAAUGUCUUCUAUAAUUUUUCAUUUACAUUUUCAUUAGUGUAAUAAUAUUUUUAACAUGAUUUUGGCUAAAGCAAUAACAAAAAUGCAAUUCUGUGCAAAGGACCGUACAUACCAUCUCUGUUACUAUGCUGUUCAUACUUUGUUUAGGUACUUUCAUCAUUAAAAGGAAAUACAAUUGUU